AUGAAUCAAAUCAACCAGAGCACCGCGGGUAGUCUCGCCACCUUCAGAGGAAGAGUUCUCUGGAUCUUCAAUCGACUGGUAGAUGCUAUGAGGAAUUUUGAUAGAACAACGGUUGCUUCCCUUUUCUUCCUCUGGGAUCAACAGGUCGGGAGUCAAGGUUUCGAAUUCGGGCUCAUGACUCAAGAGGAGAGACGUCUUCUUCAACUGGCCUGUCAGCAAUGGAACCUCGACAUGGUGAGAUAUCUUCUCAAUUUUAGGAAGGUCAAGCCAGAGGGGUUUGACGUAUGGUCCUAUAUAUUGAGAGGGCCCAUGGAUGUUGCUUUGGCCUUUGUUACCAAUGGCUUUGAUAUCAACCAGCCUUAUCUUGAUUAUCCUUACUCUGUCCUUGGAGAUUACCUCCAAAGUCCAGAUAUGAUGCGUCGCCUCCUAAGCAUUGGCGCCUGCCCGAACAUGACAACCCCAUGCGGGAGUGUUAAUAUUCCCACACUGGCUGGGGAACGUGCCUCCGUGGAAGUGGUUGAUAUCCUAUACCACGCUGGGGCAAAAUUCUACAGGAGCAAUGCCUUGCACCGAGCAAUUGUGGCGGCCCAACACGACAACGACCGCUUUGCCAUCAUGGACUUCCUUUUGACGAAUGAGCUAGUCGAUAUUAACCAGCUCGAGUACGGAUAUAAAGAGAAUCCAAAUCAAUGGCCAGGAAGUGGGACGGCCCUUCACUAUGCCGUCAGAACAGCAAGCCGAAGAAGCGUAGAAUAUCUUCUUGAAUGGAAUGCUGAUUUAAACGUGAAGAAUAGGACGGGCUGGAAACCUUUGGAUCUGGCAAUAAGGUAUGGCCUCGAGGACAUCAAGAGGGUGUUAAGGGAUGCUCAGCGAAGGCUACAGAGGGAUACACUGAGCUGA